GUUUAAUCUUUAGGGUCACGAUACUACUGCUGCUGCUCUAAACUGGUCCUUAUUUUUAUUGGGAUCCCAUCCAGAAAUCCAGGCAAAGGUGCAUAAAGAGCUGGAUGAGAUUUUUGGUCAGUCUGACAGGCCAGCGACAAUGGAUGAUCUGAAGAAGCUGCGUUAUCUUGAAGCAGUUGUUAAAGAAGCUCUCAGGAUUUACCCGUCCGUUCCAUUUUUUGCCAGGACCAUCACUGAAGACUGCACCAUUAGAGGGUAUCAUGUACCUAAAGGUGUAAAUGUUGUAAUUUUGCCAUUCGCUCUGCAUCGAGAUCCGGAACAUUUCUCUGAGCCAGAGGAAUUUAGACCAGAACGUUUUCUUCCAGAGAAUUCAAGUGGACGUAACCCUUAUGCAUAUAUACCUUUUUCUGCUGGGCUCAGGAACUGCAUAGGCCAACGAUUUGCUUUAAUGGAAGAAAAGGUUGUUCUGUCUACCAUCCUGAGAAACUUUUCUGUAAAGGCAAGCCAAAAGAAAGAGGAUCUUUGCCUGUUGGGAGAACUUAUUCUGCGUCCAAAGGAUGGCAUAUGGGUUGAGCUGGAGCACAGAACACCGACGUCUGGUGACAAAACUUUGUGAAGCAAACUUACUGCGUGAACCCUAACUUACUUUGGCUUUGAUUGUUAUUAAUUGUAAAUAGCUCAUUCUGUCUGUUUGUAGACACUUAGGAAUACAUAUAAAUUGUAGCAGGUAUUGGACAUUGUAUUGAUGUUAAAAGACAGUCAGACAAUAUCAAUUGCCUAAUGUCUUACAAGGCCCCAUGGUCCAUGGACAAUAAUGUGAGUACCUCAGGCC